GUGAGGAGAGGAGAGCCUGGCCUCUAAGUAUAUAGUCACGUUUCACACCAUGGACAGAGGCCUGUUGGAAGAGUUCAUGUGAUGGAUAAAAUGAAGAGUGGUCAAUGAAGAAUGGACAGGUGUCAAAGGUAGAGGGAGUGGCCGGGUGCUAUCAGUACCUCUGCUGGUCAUCAUGACAUCAGAGGCUCACUCAUCCCAUCAGUGCUGCUGGCUCAGUUCACCUUCGGGGCACCAAACAUGGCUCCGGCUGAUGUGGGUGCUGCUGGUGAGCAUUGGCUCAAGCUCAUGGGCUCAGCAGGGCGUCCAACCCCAGUCCAUCAAAAUUGAGGGUGACAUCACCUUGGGUGGGCUGUUCCCUGUGCACUCCAGGGGCCCUGCAGGAGUGCCCUGUGGAGAUGUCAAGAAAGAAAAGGGGAUCCAUCGUUUGGAGGCCAUGCUGUAUGCUUUGGACCAGAUUAACAGUGACCCGGACCUGCUGCCCAACAUCACUCUGGGAGCCCGCAUUCUGGACACUUGCUCCAGAGACACAUACGCCUUGGAGCAGUCACUCACCUUCGUGCAGGCCCUCAUCCAGAAGGACACAUCAGAUGUGCGCUGCUCAAAUGGAGAGCCUCCCAUCAUCCCCAAGCCAGAGAGGGUGGUCGGAGUGAUUGGGGCAUCUGGCAGCUCAGUCUCUAUCAUGGUGGCCAAUGUUCUCAGACUGUUUGCAAUCCCCCAGAUCAGCUACGCCUCCACUGCCCCGGAGCUGAGCGACAACAGCCGCUAUGAGUUCUUCUCUCGUGUGGUACCUCCAGACUCCUACCAGGCUCAAGCCAUGGUGGACAUCGUCAAAGCCAUGGGCUGGAACUACGUCUCUACAAUUGCCUCUGAGGGCAACUAUGGAGAGAGUGGUGUGGAUGCCUUCCUCCAGAUAUCCAGAGAAGCAGGGGGGCUGUGUAUUGGACAGUCCAUAAAGAUUCCCAGAGAGCCCAGACCAGGGGAAUUUGAGAAGAUCAUCAAGAGACUGAUGGAGACCUCCAAUGCUCGAGGGGUCAUCAUCUUUGCCAACGAGGAUGACAUCAAACGAGUGUUGCAGGCUGCCAAAAAGGCUAAUCUGACAGGCCACUUCCUGUUUGUUGGCUCGGAUAGCUGGGGGGCCAAGAGCUCCCCCAUUCAAGACCAGGAGGAGGUGGCUGAAGGGGCUGUGACUAUCCUGCCCAAAAGAGCCUCUAUUGAUGGGUUCGACCAGUACUUCAGUUCAAGAUCCUUAGAAAACAACAGAAGAAACAUCUGGUUUGCGGAAUUCUGGGAGGAUGACUUCAAAUGCAAAUUAACUCGCCCUGGUAUAAAGUAUGAUCUUGGCAGAAGAAAAUGUACAGGUGAAGAAAGAAUCAGCCGAGACUCUCAGUACGAGCAGGAGGGCAAGGUGCAGUUUGUCAUAGAUGCUGUGUACGCCAUGGCCCACGCCUUACACAGCAUGCACCUGGACUUAUGUCCUGGCUCCAUGGGUGUCUGCGAGAAGAUGGACCCAGUGGAGGGACGGAUGCUUCUCCAAUACAUUCGUUCUGUCAACUUCAAUGGCAGCGCAGGAACUGGAGUAAUGUUCAAUGAAAAUGGUGAUGCUCCUGGUCGAUAUGACAUCUUCCAGUACCAAAUGUCAAAUGUCAGCAACCCUGGCUACAAGGAUAUCGGCCAGUGGACGAACCACCUCCGACUCAAUCCAGAGGAGAUGCAGUGGUCAGGAGGUGACCGUAAGAUCCCAGAGUCGGUGUGCAGUUUCCCCUGUGAGUCUGGAGAGAGGAAGAAGAUGGUGAAAGGUGUUCCCUGCUGCUGGCAUUGCGAGCUCUGCGAUGGCUACCAGUACCUUCUGGAUGAGUUCUCCUGUGAUAUGUGCCCCUUCGACAUGAGGCCCCUAAAGAACCGCACCGGCUGCCGGCCCACGCCCAUCAUUAAGCUGGAGUGGAGCUCUCCCUGGGCCAUCAUUCCUGUCUUCCUGGCAAUCCUGGGCAUUCUGGCCACCACUGGAGUCAUCGUCACCUUCAUCCGCUUUAACGACACACCAAUUGUUCGAGCAUCUGGCAGAGAGCUCAGCUACGUGCUGCUUACAGGCAUCUUCCUCAUCUACCUCAUUACCUUUCUCAUGAUAGCCGAGCCUAGUACGGCAGUGUGCGCCUUCAGGAGGCUGCUGCUAGGACUUGGCAUGUGCAUCAGCUACUCUGCCAUGCUCACCAAGACCAAUCGUAUCUACCGCAUCUUUGAACAGGGUAAGAAGUCGGUCACACCCCCAAAGUUCAUCAGUCCAACCUCUCAGCUGAUAAUCACCUUCAUACUCAUCUCAGUGCAGGUAUUCGGGGUGUUCAUCUGGUUUGGUGUUAUGCCCCCCCACACCAUCAUUGACUACGAGGAGCAGAAGCCCCCAAACCCAGAGUUUGCCCGUGGAGUCCUUAAGUGUGACAUGUCUGAUCUGUCCCUCAUCCUGUGUCUGAGCUACAGUAUUGUGCUGAUGAUCACUUGCACUGUGUACGCCAUCAAGAGCAGAGGAGUUCCUGAAACCUUCAACGAAGCCAAACCCAUCGGCUUCACCAUGUACACCACCUGUAUCAUCUGGCUGGCCUUCGUACCAAUCUUCUUUGGCACAGCACAGUCUACUGAAAAGAUGUUCAUUCAGACCACCACCCUGACAGUGUCCAUGAGCCUGAGUGCCACAGUGUCCCUGGGCAUGCUCUAUAUCCCCAAAGUCUAUGUCAUCAUCUUCCAUCCAGAACAGAACGUCCAAAAGAGAAAGCGCAGUUUCAAAGCUGUGGUCCAAGCAGCCACCGUGUCCACACAUCUGUCCCAGAAGUCCAACGACAAACAAAAUGGAGAGUCCAAGAUCGUGCCCGACAGAUCACAGUAAAACAAAGUGAACUAGGUCCACGUUUUAUCACCUAACACCACAAGCUGACACUGAGAUAACUAGUGAUAAGUGAAAAAGAACAAACAAACAGGUAGCUUCAUACUUAAGUUUUGGCUGCCCCCCCCCCCCCAACUUUUUUUAACUUUCACUUGAAACACCACUGAAGGGUUCUUGGACGUUUCUAAACAUUCUUACUCAGAUAACUCAGAUCUGCUGAACCUUUGACGAUGCACAAAUGAUAAACAAAUGCUCACCUUUAAACAGACAACAUUUUAGUACACUUGAACAGGAACUGGAAGGAUGUACAGCCAUCCUGAAUGGACAAGUUAAGAUGUUUUUUGUUUAACAUCCUUGUGUACACCUCAAUGUGAUAAAGAGGUAGAGUUUGUUUUACCUUUCCCCGGGAAACCACAGAGGACAUAUGAUGGACUGCAUGACAGCUCCAAAAGAGUGAAGCCAAAAAAUGUAGAGCUCUCGUUGUGAUUGGCUCUAGCAAAAAUCCAAACACUGCCUCCUCCAUUACAACAGAUGGGUCAAACUACAAUAUUAAACUACAUAUCAAAUAA